AUACAGCUCACAGGUGAAAACAAUUCAGUCUUUCAUUCACAUGGGCAGGAUUUUUCCAGCAGGCGUUGAUGAAUAAUAUGGUGGAAUAGUGGCUGGUUGUGCGCAGAGAGGGUGGAAUGUGAGGCCGCAGUCCCGCGUCAGGCAGUCCGCCCCCUGAGUCACCGGAAAUAUGAGUAACCUAAAAAAUUAUUUAAGUUCAACAACGAAAAUAAGGGUUUUUCAAAUGUGAAAGAGAAGUUACUUCUCGUAUUUGCAGCAGCCUCAUACGGUGCGGGGGCGGGAUUUAAGUUCGUCUUUGUGAAGUCUUCCCGCUUGAAGAAAAGGCGCGAGUUUUAACGUCGGAAUAGUUUGUGGGAGGGAGAUUCAAAGCCCGGGGUCGGGCUCCAGCUGGGCCGGAGGGUCGAAGCCCGGACCUUCCCUCGGGGUGUUGUCAUGGCCGAGGAAAGGAAACUCAAGUUAAAGCGGAGGAGAGUAGCCGGCCCGCCACAGGAGCCGAGCCCCAGGCUGCGGCGAUCCGAGGGGCGCCAGGUCGCCGGGCAGAGCGGCAACGAGCCACCGGAGGCCGAGAGGAAGCAGUUGCCAGCUACUGUUUCCACUUGGCUCGAUGACAAUGACAUGAAUGAGACUGACCACAUUUGGGCUCUUUUGAUGAAAUCUACGUUUCCAGACAUGAAAGGAUCAGAUUGGAAGACUAUGUCAGUGCCAGACUUGCCCUUGAGUUCUGAGAAGAUCCCCAAAUAUGUUGAAUAUGUUGCCACUGAAACCAUUUCUGUGGGUAAUGAGAGUUUUACGUGGACACCAUUUCCUCCUGUGGUGGCUCUGGAAGAAAGGAGCAGAUCUGAGUCACUCUUCAGUCAUGUGGGCAUCGCUGCCAAUAAGGGAGAACUAAUGAAUUCCACUGAACUCCAUCCAGGUAGAUCUCAAUUUUCUCUCUCAGAGAUGGUGCAGGACAAAGAUGCUUUAUCUUCUGUAGGGGCAGCAAAGUAUCUUGUUGUUACAAAGGCGAAUCAUAAAAUACGGUCAAAUAGCUACCAAGAAAAUGUCAAAUUCAACGAUUCCUUUAAAGCAGAUCCACCAAGAAUCUCUGCAGAGCAUGCUAGGAGUAAACGGGAGAACUUUUACCCAAUGGAUGCGGGAGACACAUCAUUUGAUGCCCCUCCUGGUCCUGCCACGUCGCUUCAAAGAAUUGAUCAAGAACCAAUGCAGCCGACACCGUCCACUCUGAAGCCCAGUAAAGGAAAGACAAAACAGCACAAAAUGGCUGCAGGAGGGACAUUGUGUGGGGAGGAGGGCCAUUCUUUCCCUGAGAAUAGGCUCUGUGCCACCAACAUGAUGAGUGAUGAAGGUGCUGUCACUAAAGGGUCUGAUGGGCAAGUGGAAGGAGGGCUGGACUUGGAGAGCUGCCCGAUGUGCCUUGUUCGGUUUCCUGCAGGAUUCACCCAGUUGGAAGUCGAUAGCCACCUUGCCAAGUGCCUCUCAGAGAGCACAGAAGAUGUGAUGUGGUAAUUACUUGGCUGAAUGAGGAUCAUGUUAAUGCAGUUUUUGGACAUAAUUCAACUGGAACUAUAAAUAAAAUGCUAGAGCUUGGGAGCUGAAAAAUGAAGACUGCAUUUGUGGUGAUAUUCCAUAUUUCUUUGGAUAGAAACAGUUAGAUGUGAAUAGUUGGGCAUUUUUUUUUAUCAAUUGAGUUAGAGUCCUCUCCAAUUAUUGACCAUCUAAACCAGCUGUUUUCAACAUAAUUUUAUCACUUUGGAUCAGGUCAGGAUGCCUCAUACUUUGGAUGUUGAUUGUUAGCAUAUGCUUGGUUGCAUGGUUAGCAGAAUCUUUUUUCCUUUAUAUGCUGAAGUGAUUUACUUUCUUACCUCAUCUGGAUGUAAUGACUCCAUGCUGGGUGCCAAGCAUCUUACAGCACAGUACUUGUGCCCAUUAGUCAUUUUUCACCCUCCCUGGUGCUAGUUGUUGCUUUAUUUGCAGAGGCUUCACAGGUAAGCUAAUCAUUCCAUCCAUAUGUUUCCAACAGGGGUCUCUGGCUAGGAACAGGGAACCCCUAUAUGACUUUGGAAUUCCUACCUUGGGUCUUUUGAGACUUAUUUAUAGAACUCAUACUGAGAAACUGGGGUUCACCUUUUGGUACAUGAAAUGUGUUGCAUAGUGUUAAUGUUCACUGGAUCUCCAAAAAUUGGGUAAAAGUAGUGCAACGGCAUUUUGUACACCAAUUCAUGCAUUAAAAUAGGACCAGUGUCAUUCCCCAGUGGGUGCUAAAAGCAGAGCUGCUGUGUCAUUUCCAUGUUGAUGACUAGAAUAGUAGCCAGACCUUAAAGAACCAUCCUCCGUGGUAGCCACAGACCAACUGCAGGGGAAAAUGCAGAGGGAUGGGGUGAAGGAAAAACAUAAAUCUUCCCGGUGGCCACCCUCAGUGUGAUCCAAUGCAUUAAUCAUGUCCUGUGCUUAGUGGUACAGCUGAUCAAUUUGGCAGACAUUGCAGUGAUGAUAGGAAUGCUGCAAUCAAACAAUUAAAAUACACACUAAGCAAUGUAAAAGGAGUCUGGCAGAUGCUGAGAGUUCAACAUUGAGGUCACAUUGGGGAGCUGUUCAUUCAUACCUUUACCAAUCUGCUGCUAUGUUUUUGUAAAUGAUAAACAAGGUCAUAGGUUGCAUCUGAGUGGAUCAGUUUGUUUUGGAAAUCGCAGAAAUGGCACUGUGCAUGUUCUGACAUCAUUAGCUAAUCAUCGGUUAAUGGCACAUGGAUGUGCUUUCCCCAAGGGCAUAAAUUAACUUGGAAAUCAUUGCUAGUGUGCUCCAAUCCAGGGUAAAUUGCUUUCUGCAUUACCUGCACUUAAAAGUUGUGCAUGAAUAGGUCCAUUCUUCAGGUAACACUGCAUCACUAGGUAAAAUGAACCAAGUUGCUCUAUAUUGGAUUCAGCCCCGUACCUUUCUCAUCUGUAUGGUUAAGUUAGUUACUUAUUUGGAGUCAGCCCUGUGACCUUCCUAAUCUUUAUGGUUAAGCUAAUUACUGGGUAGAUUUAUUGUGAUGUGAAUAAUUAUUAUUUAAAAAUAAACCACAGAGUAUUAAUCUUUGGUUGGUGAUAACCUUUAGUGAUCAGAACAAUUUGCUGAAAAAUUAGCACUGUGGGUAAAAUGGAAGAUCAGAAACAUUAGAGGUGACCAGUGUGACCGAGAGUUUCGCUGUUUGGAAUUUUUAGAUGUAUACAGCUAUUUAUGUCCAACUCUGAUCUUUUCAAGCUGAAGAACCAGUUGAAUUUAAAGCUUAAUAGAGAAAUCUGCAGAGCAUACCACCUAUAUAGCUGUUUUAAAGAGUGAAUUAUUAAAAACAAUUACACACAAUCUAUCACUAGGUCUGGAAACGUAAUUUAUACUCAAAGAAAUGAAGAUAAUCCUUACCUUUAUAAGUAUCAAGAACAGCUCAAAAUACAAGGGGAACUUGCUGUAGCAGGAGAAAACUGGCCAUUAUCUAGCACAGGCUGAAUAAAGCUUAAAAUGCUGGGACUUCUGUUGUCAAAGUGGUUUCUGGAUCUGGUCCAACAGGACCAUGUAUGUUAGGACAUCAAAUGACAUUCAAGGAGGUUAUAAUUGUGAAUCUUCCAAAUUUACUAGAAGUCCCAAGGAAGGAGAGGUUUACAGCUUUUUUUGGAUAGGUCAUCAUUUUCCAAUUAUCAAAAUAGUUAAAAAAAAAUAUAGGAUAUGAACCAGGCAGGGAAUUGGGAUUAGCUCUAGUUAAAAAUCUAGUACCGCUUAGUCCUUUCUGUGUUGUAAUUUCUUGAAUGGUGUGGGAAUGAUCGUGGCCCAUUUCAAAAUGGUUUAGCAUUGAACUGUGACUGGCAGAGGAAUUAUUGUUUUCUAUUUCAUGCUGCAGUGGACAGGUCUGGAACAGUCUUCAUUGCUCAUUGGUUCUGCUUGUAAUUUUAAAACAUUUUGUAUACUUUCUUUGUGGCCAAGAGAUUCUUGCUAUUGAAUGGAGUUUGGGUCACUGCCUUCUUGUCAACUUUUCUUCUAGCUAAAUACUCAAUCAGGCAUUGAGCAAGUUGUUGAGUCUCCAGAGUCUGUCUUUUUUCUUGAAAAUUCUUGGCAAUCUUCCCAGCCACAUAACUGUGGUUCAACAGGAAACACUCAAAACAAGCGUUGCUUGUGAGCUGUCUCAAUGAAAAUUGGCAUGUUAUUGUCUUGAAUUUUAGAAUUAGGUCAGUAUUUUGUGCUUGGACUGGGAAUUUGUAUUAUAUAUAAAUAUAGAACCUGGAUGGACUAAGUAUAUGUUAUGGUUUACUAGACUGAAUUGGUACUUCUGCAGGAUAGAAGCAGACUAAAUUGAUGCUUUACAAACCUAAAUUUGGU